AUAAAAUAUAGAGAAUCGCGCUUAAAUUUGUUUGACAAAUAAAUAACUAUCUUUUUCCUCCAAUCUUAAAAUAAUUGAUCAUUACUUGAGAGCAUAAUAAGAUAAAAGCAUCAUUAGCAAUGAUUGCUUUUAUCUUAUUAUCGCGAAAAUAGCUUCAAUUUUGCUAUUUACUUUUCACGCUAUUAGCUGUUAUCUGAUUGUAAUUAUUUCAGGAAGAUUAUCUUAAAUUGUUUGAAAACAAAUUGCCCGAGGAAUAUGUUUCUGCAAUAAUAUUACAAGAGAUGAAAACACGAGAUGGGAAAACCGAGGUAAAGUUUAUUUUUCAGGUCUCUUUAAAAAUUGCAUCGCAGUGUGACGAACUUAUUUUGUCUUUUACAAAUUACGAUGUUAAAUGGCACAAUCUCAACACAACGCGGUUCUACAAUUUCGAUAAUCGGUAUCGGACAAACUUAAAAAGUUUCCUCCUCUUGUCAAAAUAAUAGCUUGCAAAAUGUUUUUUCGGCGAUUCUUUAUAUCUUCCUAGAUGUAUUUGUUCACUGUAUUCGGCAAGUAAACCGCACACCGUGAAUUACGGCUUGCGUAAUACGUCUUAAUCUAUCGUCGACGGUCACAUGCAGUCUGUAAUCACUCGAGCCGCCGAUAAGACUGCAAAAGCACAACGUUACAAUGAAUGCCAGCGAACGCCGCCAGCAAAUAAAUAGCGAUAAAUCAUUUGCAUCCGUGCACUCGUUCUUCCUCCUCCUCUCUCCCCCUCUGUUUCUCUAUCUCUAACUAAUUAUCUAACUCUAAUUAACAUAUUUAUUUUUCUUUCAGCGCAUCUCAGAUAUUUCACACCCGGAGGGGCUCAACGCUUGAGAGGCGGAACGUAUUUGUCAUGUUCCUAUAAAUAUUCUUAUUUUGCGACGCAGUGACCAUCGAUGCAACGAUCGGAAAUUUUCCAAUUCCAACACAGAGAUAUAGAACAACACCGGAAACACGUGGGGAAAGAGCGUGGCGAGCACUGUCGGCACGAUACAAUACGAUACGAUACGAUCUGUCUUCGCGUUGGCAAACGUGCGAGCACGUUGCUCCAUUCCGCGCACUUUAUCCCACGAGUGCAUUGAAUAUGAACGCCGGCGUGAAAAUAAGCGAAAUUAAAUAAGGAAAACAAGAGAGACGCGAGGCACAUGACUGACUCGGAUUGAUAGUGGCAAACUCGUGACCACGGGUAAAGCACGAUAAAGCACCGCAAGAACGAUUUAAUCGGCCACAACUGGCCACAAACGUGUUCAGUCCUUCGCCGGCAUGUCCAGGAACAGGAAUUACGAGACGUUCGCCAGCAGCGAAGCGCGAGACGCGUCGACGCCGACAUCAUCUACGCCAUCCACAAAAAAUUGUGGCGUGCAAGACCCGGAGAAGACUUCGCUAGUGGACUCGGCGCUUCUCCCAAAGAUUCAGCCGUCCACACUACUGGAUGAUGAAAAGGUAAAUUUGGCCGCGAAUGGCAACGCUAAUAAUCCCGAUCCCGAAGCUGGCCGAACUCCUAGAGGUAGCGCCGUCAGACAAGUCCUGGCCGCGUUGGUGGCUCAGCUCGGUACCAUUAACACUGGCAUGGCCUUCGGCUUUUCGGCCAUUGCUUUGCCGCAGCUUCAAGAACCGGACAGCAUCAUUCCUAUCAAGGAAGGCUCAACAGAGGAAUCAUGGAUCGCUAGUAUGUCCUCCAUCGGCACGCCUAUCGGUUGCUUAGCAUCCGGCUAUAUGAUGGAUAUGUUCGGCAGAAAGCGUUCGCUCAUCAUCACCGAGAUCCCCGCCUUACUCGGAUGGCUUCUAAUCACAUUCGCGACGGACAUACGCAUGAUAUACGCUGGCCGUUUCUUUGUCGGUCUGGGAUCGGGCAUGGUAGGUGCGCCGGCUCGUGUUUAUACCAGUGAAGUAACUCAGCCGCAUCUGCGUGGGAUGCUGACCGCUAUCGCGAGCGUUGGAGUUAGUACUGGAGUGCUGAUCGAGUACGCCCUAGGAAGUAUGCUCACGUGGAACGUCUGCGCGGCAAUCAGCGGCAUUCUACCGCUCACCGCGUUGCUGCUGAUGUUCCUGUUCCCGGAGACGCCGUCUUACCUCAUAUCGCGCAGCAAGCCCGAACAAGCGAAGAAGGCGUUGCAAAAAUUCCGCGGCAGUACUUAUAACGUGAAUCAUGAAAUGGAGACGUUGGUCGAAUUCUCCAACAAGAACAACAUCAAGCGGCUCACGGGGCUUCGAGAGAUCGUGUGCGCCGUACUGAAACCUAGUGCCUUGAAACCGUUCACCUUGCUGUUCCUGUACUUCCUGAUAUAUCAAUGGUCAGGCACGAACGUUAUAACUUUUUACGCCGUCGAAAUCUUCAAAGACUCGGGAGCGAGCAUGAACAAGUAUUUGGCGGCAGUCAUUCUAGGAAUAGUCAGACUCGCGUCGACGAUCGUGGCCUGCGUGUUAUGCAGGAAGUGUGGCAGGAGACCCCUGACGAUGGUGUCUUCUAUAGGCUGUGGACUCUCUAUGGUAGGAUUAGGUGGAUAUAUGUGGCUGAAACAAUACUGGGUCGCAAACGAUCUCCCCCUCGUCGCCACAUGGAUUCCAGUGCUCUGUAUAUUCUCGUACACCGUCACUUGCACCUUGGGUUUCUUGGUGAUUCCGUGGGUGAUGAUCGGCGAAGUCUAUCCCGUGCAAGUACGCGGUAUCAUCGGUGGCCUGACUACUAUGUGCGCGCAUACGUUCGUCUUCAUGGUGGUCAAGACUUAUCCUUUCCUGGCCAGCGCGAUUACCCGCCAUGGCACUUUCAUCCUUUAUGGCUGCGUAUCUUUGUUGGGAACAAUAUACUUCUACACGUGUCUGCCGGAAACUAAGGGUAAAACCUUGCAAGAGAUCGAAGAUUAUUUCUCUGGCCGAAGUAAUGCUUUGACAACCAGUAGGAUGAGUAAUAAACCGGAAGUUUUGGAGAUUAAGAAAGGCCAGAUAUUACCGUAAAGAAAGAGGACCAUUGUACAACUUUCAUCCAGCGUCUACUUUGAAGAAGGACCUGCUCUAAUUACGAGAGAGAAAAAUUUCAGCAUUUGUUUAGCAGUUAAGCUUAAUUAUGGUAGUUGUGUCACAAAAAUAAUACAGAAACUAAGGACUUUAUUUACUUUUAGUGAUUACGAAAUGGGCGAAGUACUCAAGGGGUUUUGACGUUUGCUUUGUGACGAAUGUACUCUUUUUUAGAAGAUAAUUACUUAAUUAUUUUUAAACAAACAUUAAAGAAACAUAAUAAUGUACGAGACAAAGAAAAUCUAUACGCACAUUAAAAUGUAAUCAAAUCUAAAAUAUUAUUGAAACAAUUAUCAAAAGGCAAAUAUUAUCAUUAUAUAAUUUAUAACUUUUACAUUACGUGCAGAUUUGUUCACAAAGCAUGAAAGUUUGACUGUGCAUAUGAUGCAUAUUAGUGCAUAUUAGUCACUAAUGCCUAUUAAGGUACUAGCGUUCUUGUGACUUCAAUCACAAAUGAACACGAUAAGAUAUUAUCUAAAUAAACUGGCUGAAAUAGAUUAUAAUAGAUGAUAAUCCGCAAUUUUGUUUAUGAGAAUGUAAAGGGAAAAAGACAAUAUGCCUUGAUAAUCUAAUCAAGAGAAUAUGCACAAAUACAAAUAGGUGCUAUUUAUUGUAUCAUAGUAUUAAAUCGUAAUGUAUGCAUAUGCGAGUAAGCGAUGAGAAUCCACAAGAGCCUAUGACAAAUACGAAUUUUUAGAAAUAAUAUUAUAAGGGCUAUUUUUUAAAUUUAUGAGAAUUUUAAUUUUAAGUGAGAAUGUCUGUAUGUGCAAGUAGUAAUUAGUAACGUUACGAAACCAGAUCGAGAAUUCUCAAAGAUAUAUUUAUUACAAAAUAUGUGUAAAUCUCGUGUUAUUUAUCAUUAUAAUAUACAAUCUAAAAUUGGAUCAACAUUAAUUGACAAAUAUGAUAAACAUGUCACUAAAUGCCUCAAUUGUGACUGUGCUGUAUAUACUAGCCUUUAAUGAAUGAAAAAUUAUGGAAGCGACUUAUUUUUUAUAAGAAAGUAAAGAGUAAAUCACUGCUCUAUCUUUAA